GACCGAGGCGCCGCCAUGGAGCCGCGCUCUGCGGCCUGGGGCCUGCCCGUGUCCGGCGGGGGCUGCCCGGGGUCGGGCAGCUGCACGAGGGGCCGGGGGGCAGCGGCGCAGAGCGUGGCCGGCGCGGAGCUGCGUGCCGGGCGGCGGGAGCCCUGCGUGCUCAGCCUGGCUCGGCGGGGCGGCCGCUACGGGAUACUUAUCCAGUCCCAGGAGAAGGACAGCUCCGAUCCGGAUUACAUCCCCAUCAACAGCCGCUUCAGAUGUGUGCAAGAGGCAGAAGAAACGCUGCUGAUUGAUAUAGCUGCAAACACAGGCUGCAAGGUCCGGAUCCAAGGUGAUGAGGCAGCAGAGCGGCUCUUUGAAAUCCCAGAUGAGGAGCAUUGCUUGGGGUUCCUGGCGGAGGUGCAGAGCAUCCAGGAAGCCCACCUUAAAGCUUCUCCUAUGGAGCCAAAGGACUCAUCCAGCUGGCAUCAGGUGGAGAAGAAACCCCCGGGCCUCUCACAGGCCUCUUCUUCAGGGGCUCUCGGGUUUGAGGAUGACUUCACUGCUCUGAGCCUAGAAGAGAAAAGAAAUGGGCAAAACCACCAAGCAGGCUCUCGCCGGGAGCCCCCCCCACCUCCCGUGCCUCAGAACAGGCAAUUCCACCGAGAGAGAGAAGGUUCAUCCAGAGACCAGCCAAAAGUGACCAACACAAUGCGCAAGAUGUUCCUGCCCAACAGCCAGUCAGGGCAGCGAGAGGGGCUCAUCAAGCACCUGCUUGCCAAGAGGGAGAAGGCGUACGUCAACCUUCACAACUUCAGAUUUUUUGUGGGAACGUGGAAUGUGAAUGGGCAAUCUCCAGACAGUGGCCUGGAGCCCUGGCUGGUGUGUGACAUGGAGCCUCCAGACGUCUACUGCAUCGGAUUCCAGGAGUUGGACCUCAGCACGGAGGCUUUUUUCUACUUUGAUUCUGUGAAGGAGCAGGAGUGGCUGGCUGCUGUGGAGAAGGCCCUGCACCCCCACGCCAAGUACAAGAAAGUGCAAAUGGUCCGUCUGGUUGGGAUGAUGCUGCUCAUAUUUGCAAAGAAGGAUCAGCUGAGCAAUAUCAGAGAGAUUGUGACGGAGUCUGUGGGCACGGGAGUCAUGGGGAAGAUGGGCAACAAGGGCGGUGUGGCCGUGAGGUUUGUGUUCCACAACACCACUUUCUGCAUCGUCAACUCCCACCUCGCCGCGCAUGUGGAGGACUUCGAGCGGCGGAAUCAGGACUACAAGGACAUCUGUGCUCGGAUGAGUUUUGUAACCCCAGAUGAGAGCCUACCUCACGUCAACAUCAUGAAACACGAUGUUGUCAUCUGGCUGGGAGACUUGAACUACAGGCUUUGUCUCCCUGAUGCCAGUGAAGUGAAAAGUCUCAUCAGUAAGAACGAGCUUCAGAAGCUGCUGACAUAUGACCAGCUGAAUAUUCAGCGCAUGCAGAAGAAGGCGUUUGCCGAUUUCACCGAGGGAGAGAUUAAAUUCAUCCCCACAUACAAAUAUGACUCUAAAACAGACCGCUGGGACUCCAGUGGGAAGUGUCGUGUGCCUGCAUGGUGCGACCGGAUCCUGUGGAGAGGGGGGAGCAUCACCCAGCUCCGCUAUGGCAGCCACAUGGAGCUGAAGACCAGCGACCACAAGCCCGUCAGCGCGCUCUUCCGCAUCGGGGUAAAGGUUGUGGAUGAGCAGAAGUAUCGCAAGUUGUUUGAAGACAUUGUUCGCUUAAUGGACAGAAUGGAGAACGACUUCCUGCCUUCGCUGGAGCUAAGCAGGAGAGAAUUUGAGUUUCAGAACGUGAAGUUCCGUCAGCUGCAGAAGCAGAAGUUCCAGAUCACCAACAAUGGGCAGGUCACCUGCCACUUCUCCUUCAUCCCCAAGCUGAACGACAACCACUACUGUAAGCCAUGGCUGCGAGCCGAGCCCUGUGAGGGUUACCUGGAGCCAGAUGAGAGCACAGACAUCUCCCUGGACGUGUACGUCAGCAAGGACUCGGUGACCCUCCUGAACUCCGGUGAGGAUAAAAUUGAGGAUAUUCUUGUCCUUCACUUGGACCGGGGGAAGGAUUAUUUCCUCACCAUCAGUGGGACCUACCUGCCCAGCUGCUUCGGCACCUCCCUGGAGGCCUUAUGCCGAAUGAGACGACCGAUCCGAGAAGUUCCAGUCACCAAACUCAUUGACCUGGGAGAAGACAGCUUCUUAGAAAAGGAGAAGUCUGUGCUGCAGAUGGGCUCCCUGGAGAGCGAGGAGGACGGGGGGACACCGCUGCAGGUGCCAAAGGAGGUGUGGCUGCUGGUGGACCACUUGUUCAAGCACGCCUGCCACCAGGAGGACCUGUUCCAGACUCCAGGCAUGCAGGAAGAGUUGGAGCAGAUCAUUGACUGCCUGGACACCAGUAUCCCUGAGACAAUCCCGGGCAGCAACCACUCGGUAGCUGAGGCUCUCCUCAUCUUCCUGGAGGCGCUGCCCGAGCCGGUGAUCUGCUACGAGCUGUACCAGCGGUGCCUGGACUGGUCACACAGCAGCCGCCUCUGCCGGCAGGUGAUUUUUCAGCUGCCCCGUUGCCACCGCAGUGUGUUCCGGUACCUGAUGUCGUUCCUCCGUGAGCUGCUCCGAUACUCCGAGGACAACAAAGUCAGCGUCACCAUGAUCGCCGCCCUGUUCUCCAGCCUCCUCCUGCGCCCACCGCCCAACCUGGUGACCAAGCAGUCGCAGCAGGACCGCCAGCGCGCCAUCAACUUCCUCUACAGCUUCUUGCUGGCUGGGGAUGAGGAGUGAGCCCCCCCUGUGCUGC